AUGUCGCAUCUUUUCCACGGCUUACUCAUCAAUCUCAUUCGGCGGAGCGAUUGCCAAAGUAUCCGGCCACCAACACCGGAAGAAGCCACAGAUGAUCUUGAAGAUGACUGGCGGACAUGGUGCGAAGCAGAGCAAAAGAAGAGGCUGGCGUUCCUAUGCUUCAUGUGGGAUACGCAACACGCAGUGCUUUUUUGCCAGUCGCUCUGCAUGUCCGCUUUCGAGCUGCGUUCCAACAUGCCAUGCGAUCAGGCUAUCUGGGAGGCAGACUCAGCCGAGACAUGGCAUCAGUUGCGACAGAAGCAGCCAAUGACCCCACUGUUUCUAUCGUGUCUGAAGAUGUAUCUUCACCCCGAUGCUGCGACUAUCCCCAAGAACCUGAACGCGUUGUCCCGGUCGUUGCUUCUACAUGGCCUAAUGUCUGUAGCAUGGGAUAUGCAACGGCGCGACCAGACAUCGCUGGGCGUGAUUGAGUCAAACCCACUCGGCAAUUGGCAAGCUCGUCUCGCGGCCUCAUAUUCCGCGUGGCACGCGGAUUACACUACCUUCUGCGCCUCAUAUCUUUCGUCGCUUCCGUCAUCUACACUCUUCCUCGCUAAGGAAUUCCACGUGUGCCGCACCGCCACACUAGCGCUCUAUCACGCCGCGCACAUCCUGCUCCACACACCCUUCCUGGAUCUCCAAAUCUACGCCGGAUCGCGACAUAUUCUCGGCCGCCCAGUCGCGCGCCAUGACUACGCACGCUCUCAGCGUGUAGUCAAAAAAUGGGUAGCGGAAAACACAGAAGAAGCCGGGAAAGCAGUCUGGCACGCCGCCGCCCUCGUCAGCGAAGGCGUGGAAGUUCUUGACGGUGACCUGAGCUGUUCAGACAUUAGUGGAGGGAGACUUUGGCACCACCCUUGGGCCGUGUACCUUGGUACGUUGGUGGUAUGGGGCGUAUGGUAUGCUCGGCCAUCUCCACCACCACCAUCUGGAAACCAAUUGCCGCAGCAUCUUCAGCAUCUUGACGAUGAGGAUGAGAUUAUCUGGGAUCCUGCUGCAGAAAUGAAGACAUUGCUUGGCGCUAUUCUCGUAGCUCAGCCUGAGAAGCUGCUUGAACCCGGCAGGGAAGGCGUUUUCGCUGGCGGUAUGGGGAAGAGGGGGACGAAUGGCCUCGCAGCUGUAGUGAGCAAGUGUUUGAGUAAGGUACGGUGGGCUGUCGUUCAUGAUGGCAUGAUGGUUCUUAGAGGGCUUGUACAGUGGCGUUUAGUUGGCGGUAGCGGCGGCCUAUGA